AUGGGUUUUGGACGUAGGGGGACCGGGCAAGUAGGGACAGUUGGUUGCGGGAGGACGACGUUGUUAGGUCUUAGGUUAGGUUGUUGUUCACCAAGGCGGAUAGAAAAGGAUGAAGCAGAGGAUUUGGCGGGAAUUGACUGUAUUUAAAUUUUAGCUUUUAUGCGAA